UCUACAUCCAGUGCCUCUUUUCAUUGGUCCAGAGUCCGAUGCGGCAGUCUCCCGGGCAACGACUAUUUUUCUUCGGCUAUACAUCCGCCCUGUUUAUUCUUGAAACAGUAUAUGCCGCUGCAAAUUCUCGAAGAGUUUGGAUAGCGUUCGUUAUAAAUUGGGGCUCCCCCACUGGUCCAACAAGUUACGAGAUCAGUUUAUGGCAUGACUGGGCCAGUAUAGUGGCAAUGGCAUGCUAUAUCAUCUCCAAUUGGUUGGCCGAUGCACUCAUGCUUGGGCGCUGUGUGAUCCUGUUCCGAAACAUGGAAAACACAAGAUGGCUGAUCCCUAUCCCAUGCAGCAUGUUCUUUGUCAUUAUUGCGACUUCUAUCGAUCUGUUUGUGAACAUAGCAGAAGUGUCCAAGUCAAUGGAAGCAAUUACCAAAGCCUAUUGUAUAUUUGUUGUGGUCGAUCUCUGCUUUAAUAUUAUCACGACGUCAUUGAUAACCGCUUGCAUCAUGAUGCACCGUGCGAAGCUCAGGAAAUCGAUAGGCAAGCAAGCUCUCAUUAUUCUGAUAUACGCUGAUAUAGCCUACGUCCUCCGUUCAGGAACUCGUGACCAUGGGAGGGAGUACAUCAAUAUUAUCGCAAUGACCACUGAAUCUUGUAUGAUUUCUGCGAUUAGCUCGAUCAUCUAUCUCGUCCUCUACGCGAUGGAUAGCUUUGUUCAAUACCCAUUCAUGGCCAUCCAGAACCAAAUGCAGGCCGUUGCACCAUUUGUAUUGAUCUUGAGAAUCAUCCAGGGAAAAGCAUGGACAUGACGCACAGAUGUUGAUAUCGAGGACUUUCCUUCCAGCUCCAGCGGGCAUCGUCUUAGUGCUCGUUCUUCUGAGGCAUUCACCGUUGUGUUCGC